CUUCUGCUUCAUGCCAGAAACUCUCUUUUAUCAAAAUUUGAAUAAAAACUGCGUCACUUAGCAAAAAAAGUCAACAGUAGCAUUCGCUUGCCGGUGACGCUCACUUCACUCAGUUCGACUCACUUCUUUUCGCCUUGUACGCAUAGCUUUUAAAGCAUGUGCAAUCUUCGUUGGUUUCUAUUGGGCCUUUUGGUCUGCUUCACAAGUGUAACAACCGCCGAUGAAUAUCAUGCACGAUUACUUGUUCCACGCUAUGUGACAUCCGCGAGAGCCACCGAAGAGCAAACAACGGAAUAUUGGGUAGAUAAAGCACAAAGCAUACUCGCCGACAAACUAGAGCAGUUAUCGCGGCUCAACACGAAUCGUGCCAAAAAUAUAAUACUCUUUCUUGGCGAUGGCAUGUCGGUACAUACAAUAACCGCUACACGUGCCUUCCUCGGCGAUAGCUCCGAACAGGUCUCAUUUGAACAAUUCCCCUACACAGGCCUCUCCAAAACAUACUCAGUCAACAAGUUUGUACCAGACUCCGCCUGCACGGCAACCGCUUACCUGUCGGGCGUUAAGGCUAAUUACGGUACGAUCGGUGUUGUAGCCGAAGUGCCGAGGAAUGAUUGCGAAGCGGGCAUCGAUAAUCGAACACAUACCGAAAGCAUUGCGAAAUGGGCGCAAGACGCUGGCAAAUGGGCAGGUUUGGUGACAACAGCGCGUGUCACACACGCUUCACCAGCUGGUGUGUAUGCGCAUACUGCCAACCGUGAUUGGGAGACUGAUUCAAAGAUCAAGUCUAGUGGUUGUGUUUCUGGCACGGAGCAUAAUGUGGACAUUGCAAGUCAACUAGUUGAAUGGCCAGUUGGUAAGAAUUUGCGCGUAAUUAUGGGUGGUGGACGACGUAACUUCAUCGGUAAAAAGGAACUUGAUGAAGAGGGUAUUGAAGGAAAACGUAGCGAUGGACGCAAUUUGACCGAAGAGUGGCUAGCGGACAAAUAUGAACAAGGCGCAAGCGCGGCAUAUGUGUGGAAUAAGGAUGGGCUACUUAAUGUGGAUCUCAAUAAAACUGAGUAUUUGCUGGGGCUUUUUAGCUCAUCCCAUUGUCCGUACCAUGGUGACUUGGAGCGUGAGGGCUUAACAGAGACAGUGCCAUCAUUGAGUGAAAUGACCGAAGCGGCCAUACAGCUAUUGAGUAAUAAUGAUAAGGGUUACUUCUUAUUUGUCGAAGGCGCACGUAUCGAUAUGGCUCAUCAUAGCAACCGUGCCCAUCGCUCAAUCGAAGAUACGGCGGAGUUUGCGCGCGCUGUAGAAUUGGCUCGUAAAAUGACAAAUGAAGAAGACACACUGAUUGUGGUGACGUCAGAUCAUUCGCAUACUAUGACAAUUAACGGUUACCCGACGCGCGGUUCAGACAUCUUCGGUCUUGCGCCGAUGACAGCCGAUGACAAUCUACCAUACACCAUACUCUCCUACGCCAAUGGCCCCGGUUUCUCGAAGACCUACUCUACAAAGAAAGGUCGUCGCGAUUUGAGCGACGCUGAUUUGGAUGACCCGAAAUAUAGAUAUAUGGCCACCGUACCCUUGGACUCAGAAACACAUGGUGGUGAUGAUGUAGGCGUCUUCGCUUCCGGUCCAUACGCUCACUACUUCUCGGGAAAUUAUGAACAGACAAAUAUACCCGCGCUGAUGGCGUAUGCAGCCGAUAUUGGUCCCUUCGCGAAGUCCGCUUUAGCGGCGAUGGACGUUGAACUAACGAAAAACAUUAGCGAAGCCAACAAAGGAAUCAAGGCAAGCAAGGAAUAACGUUUAUUUCCUAAAAAUAGUUUCAUUUAAAUAAAUUUAGGUGCAAUCAAGUGCAGCAUACAA